AUGACCAAGUUGGAGGAGCCUCAGUCACCGUCUCGUACAGAUCCUCGUCCAGAAAACGUUAAUGUUCAUCGUAAAGCUGUGGCACUAGAGAGAUUAUGUAGCCGGUUCCUUCCAACUGUUAGAAAACACUGUCAUGAACAUCAUACAGCUAAGGAAUAUGUAAAGCGAUGCGCAGCAUAUUUCCAUGAUUGCCAAGCUUUUCUGCCAAGAUCAGAUCCUCUCUACAACAUUGCCUAUGGUUUCAACUCAAAUGUGGGUUUAAACCUCGGCACGGUCGAAGUUAAUGGCAUACCAUACUACCCGAUAAAUGAAGAAGGAUCUAUCGGGGUCGGAAGAGUUGCGAAUGUUCCGUUUGGAUCAUGGGGUGGAGGAUACUCAGAAAAUCUUGGAGUAAGGUAAGU